CAAACUUUUCGCAAUAUACAGUAUUAUUCUCAUCAAACUUCAAUUCUUCCGCAAAAGUUAGAAAACCUACAAUAUUUGAGAGGCAAUUCCAUUCAUAGCAUCACCUUCAGCCAACACCCAUUGAUAUGGCUGCUCCACAACACGCGCUUCGGCGUGGGAGCAGUUCUCUCACCCGCUUCACCUCCUGCUCCCAACUCUCCAGCCUAUCAAUCUCGCGAACAUCUACCCGCUCAUCCCACUACUUUCGCAAACUCGAAGCAACCGCUGAAAAAGGGGAGGUGCUCAAACCCAUGGAAGAGGAGGAGCUAUCGCUCAAAGCACUCGCCGAUGGCUGGCUCGAAGGUCCUGGAAGCGCGUUCAAAGAUCCAUUACAUGGAUCAACAAAUUACCUGAACGCGUACUCGCCCAGUGGCAAGCUAUUUCGACUGAACACAAGAAAGGGCGAGGAAGGAUCGGAGGCAAAUGCCACCAGUGAUGGUCAACUGCCACCUGAAAGGCUGGAAGAUCUGAUGCCGUUCCCCCUAAAUACGCAGUUCCGCAGCCAGUCAGUCCUCAGUGAAGAGCUCCGAGAGGAGAUUUACAAUCGAGUAGUGGUGAACGGAAGCAGUGUGCGCUCGGUGAGCGCUGAGUUCUCCGUAUCGAUGGAGAGGGUAGGCGCGGUGGUCAGGAUGAAGCAGAUAGAAAAGGAUUGGCAGAAAGAUGGGAAAUCUCUCGCGAAACCUUAUGCCCAAGCCGUCUUGAAUAUGCUCCCGACCACCCCUUAUAUCCCCAACGACCCUCAGCCACACGAAGACAUCAACGACCUACCCGUACAUUCACAUACCACCCAACAAAUCUUCUACCCUACCUCUGAGUCACGCGACUUCACACGCGCUGACGCUGGUCGAGCCUUCAACACCGAUCUCCUCCCUGCCGACGCCCGGAUCCCUCACCCGCAGCUCAUCGAAGAGCAUCGGGAACGGAAUUUUCCACCGGCCGUGCGGCAGAAUCUGAUCGACGAGCGGGAGCGGCGGGAGAUCCAGGACCGAGAACGGAGGAAACAGAAGAUGAUGGAGCGGGAGAAAAGGCAGGUCACGGUCGUGCCGGGGAAGAGGCAUGAGUUCCGGUUCAAGGAUAUCAGUGUCGACUCGGUCGGGAAGAACGGGAGGAGUCCCGCUGGGGUGGGAUGGCGGUACGGAUUCCCGCACGAGGACCGAAAGAGGGGGCAGGUCAAGAUUCCUACAAGAGUGGAUACGUGAAGAUGAUUGGAUUCAUCUCGCGAUUGUUUUGCAGGUCGUGGAUGGGUAGGUGCCCAAGCGGUCUGUUUGAAUUUUGAGCAUGGUUUAGCGUGGGA